UGCAACUCAUACAUUGCCCUAAGAAGCACAGCAAUCACAAAGGCUUUACUUAAUGCACUCAAAUAAUAAGUAAGUGAAUAAGUACUCAUCCUCCCUGAGUCUGGAUCAUGAGAGAUACAGAAAUGAACAGCUGGGUUGUGAAAUUCUGUGUAUUUCUGUUCCUUGCAGUAGAAGGUACUCGGGGAUCAGAGCUGACCAUCAAUGUGAGGAAGAAUGCUUCUGUAACACUUGUGUGUUCCAGCAGUGCGAGCUUGUGUUUCUGCCCUUACCAUCUGAUCUGCACAAGGUGUCUAGGUGUAACAAGCCCUGUGACAGUCUCUUAUAAAACCACAGAGAAAUAUUUUAACUUGUCUGGACUCAAGCAGAGUAACUCUGGACUGUAUGAGUGCUCAGGUUCAACAUGGCAGAAGUACAAGUUAAAUGUGUUUGAAGAUCAAGACCCAACUGUUGUGAUUGGGACUGAGGGACAGUCCGUAAUCAUAUCAUGUGGCACUGAGCUGGACAUCAUAGCCGCCUCAGAGAAACACUGGUGCCGCUUGGACAGUGCAGGAUUUUGUCAGCCAGACACAAUCAUGAGUUCUAAAAAUAAAACCAGAGAGGAAUUCAAGAUCCUUGACAGUCAUGGCUCAUUCUCCCUGGAGAAGCACCAGCUGACACACAACGAUUCAGGAUUUUACCGACUUAUUCAGAUAUUUCCACAUCAGACAAAGGCCUGUGUAGUGGAACUCCAGGUUAAAGACAAACCCAAAUUUUUGCACAUCAGUCCCGUUCAGGACAGGCCAAAGCCAGACAAGCCUUUUGAGAUCAUGUGCCAGUAUUCCCAGGAGUUGCAGGAAUUUUGGAAAAAUUGGCUAUGUGACGAUUCAGAGUGUCCUGAGACAGUGAAGAGCGUAGACGAUAGGUUCAGGUCUGCCUAG